AUGUUAGCAACAACAGCACCAAACUCGUUAGUCAUGAACCCAACUUCAAUGUUAGUAGAGAUGAAAAGCUUCAUUCCUUCUUCAUAUACUUUCGAAACAGAAAUCCAGAAGAUAAAGCAAGAACUUUUAACAUGUAAUUUAGACUGUUGUGCGAAAGAUGAAGAAAAUGAACAGUAUCUUUAUGAAAUGCAGGACAUUAUUGACCAUUUACCCAAAUUGCCUGAAAUUCAGCAGCAAAAGCUCACUAUUCCUGAAUUCGAUGAAAUAGAAGUCAAAGCAACUGACUCAGUAGAAAUAAAGAAGUUCAUACGAAAGGUAAACUAUGAGUUUCUAGGAUUUCAUUGCAACCAUAAAGUUAUGGACAAAGAUUGCGAUAUGGUAUAUAAGAACAUCUCUGACAUAUAUAAAUCUGGGGAGUUUAAGACCUACGACAACUUUGUUUCGUUAGUUGCUGAAUGUGUAUGGCAGAUAAGAGAUAAAGAUAGAAGAGGCAAAGUAUGGAACGAACAAAUAAGACCCGCUAUGUUUGAGAUGAAGAGAGCAAUUGACGCCUUAGUUGUUUUAGCAGGUAAGGUUUCAGAAUAUAACGCAAAAAUGAACCCGCAAUGUUCUAAAUGUAAAGCAGCA